CACAAGCGGCAAGGGAGACAGCCCUAUUUAGAGCUAUACAACCAUUUAAAAUACGAAUCUUUCCACCUUCUCUGAGCCUGAAGACAAUGAUAGAAAGAGAAACGAGAUAAAGACAUUUUGGAAUAGAAGAACUGAGAGAUUGUCAGAUGGUGUAGAAGCAGGCAUAUGAACACGUCAGACUAAAAUUCAGAGGAGAGUGGUUCACACUGGCAUCUUUCACCUUGAGCAAGUUUCAUUGUUCUCUGUCUCCAAGGAGCGAGAAAUGGUUGCUCUUCUUGCACUCAUCUUCAUGACCCAGUGGAUGCUGCUGAUCACCCAGUUGUGUGUUGGCCAGCACUGCACAGGCUCGGAGAUGGCAGACUCACCAAUUAGAAAUUUGAUGUUGAAUCAGUGGAAAAUGGAACUGAGUUGUAUGAGCAGCAUGAAUUUCACUGAGGACUAGUGUUCAGUGAUUGCAGGAGAUUUUACCAAGACUAUAAUGACAAAGAAUAUGAAGUGCAUGUUUGGAAAUACAGCACCUCCUCUGCACAAUGGGGCAAGCUUUUCUGUUACAGCAGUGAACACGAAUGGCACGUACUCGAGCAUAUGGAGAUUCAUUCCUGUGUUUGCAGGCAUCAAUGGGUCGGCCAUUGAAAACUUCUCCUGUGUGAUUUACAACAUAUCCCUCAUGAACUGCACCUGGAAAGCAGGCAGGGGUGCUCCAGGAGAUACCCAAUAUUUUCUCUACUGGCAGAACUUGAUAGGCGACAAUGAGAUGGAAUGUGAGCUUUACAUGAAAGAUGAAAAUGGCAGAAACACGGGGUGCAGAUUCAAAAAUGUGAGGAUAGUGUUUAACGAAGCUUGCUUCCUGGUGAAUGGCUCUAGCAAAGAUUCCCCGAUUCAGUUCUAUCAUGAGAAAAUUGAACUGUUUAAAAUUGAAAAGCUCAUGCCUCCAACAAAUAUCACUGUCAACUGUAAUGAAACUGAAAAUGAUUGCAUAAUUCAAUGGCAACGACCCCUAAUAAGUCAUUCUAACAAAGACAAGUGUUUUAAAUAUGAAGUCAACAUAUAUUAUAAGGCUAAUGCUGACGGAAAACCCACGUAUACUUCUAUACAAGAAAGAGGGAAGAAUCACACAUUUCAAAGACCCCAUACAAAAAAAAAGUACCUCUUGAAAAUGAGAACAGCUGGCACCUCCUGCCUCGUGAGCUCAGCCUGGGGGGAGUGGAGUGCAUCUGUAGAGUUUGGAAAUGAAGAAAUUAUUUCUUUUUCAGUAUGGAUUUUACUUGUGGUAGCAGUUGCAACACUCUUAGUGACUAUUGCCACAGUUUUCUUCUGCAAAAGGACCGGCUGCUGGAAAGCAGCAUUUUCACAAAUCCCAGAGCCAAAAAAUGCAUUACAAGAAUUUUGUGAUACAAACCCAGAGCUGAUGGAGAGCAAAAUUCAGCCAAAAACAUCUGAAAAUGAAGAGAUAUUAUUAGUUACUGACAUACUGAAAUAACCAAGAAAAACUGAGGAAUUUGAAAGUGCAUUUCUUAGCUCAAGCACCUAUAUAUUGUUGUGGAAAGUCAAAUAAUAUAUAGGGUUUCUUCACUUUCUUUGUUUUCUUGGCAAAAACAGUGCCACAACCCAAGAGAGGAUGAUACCUCACGUGUAAUUUUUUUUAAAUGCCAUUGUAUUUUCUUUUUAUUUUGGCUGAUUUUAACUGUUUGGGUAACUUCUACUUAUUGGAUAUCUUCCAUUUUGUGAGUAUGAUUGAAAUAUUUAAGUCAAGAAGUUUUAGUUACAUUUUAAUUUUUCAAGGAAAAAUAAUGUCUUUGCCUCAUACUCAAAAGAAUAAGAAUGAAUUUAUUGAGAUGAAAAAAAAAAUUAAAAAAAAAAAA